UGGAUUAUGAGAAUGGCAUUGUCAAAGAAGAAACAGAGAUGACCAGCACAUCACAAUUAGAAAAGAAAACACUAUUCUCUUUUCUCUCUUCCUAUCAAACAAUACCAAAUGUCUUCAAAAUCAACCUACAGAAAUACCCCAAAACCAAAACCAGAUAACCUGAAGCAAAAAUCUAGAAACAGAGCAAAAGAUUGCAUGCAGUGGAACAACAAAUAAUGAAGGGUAUAACAAGAAGAAACCAUUUUAACCCCAUUUUCCUGUUCUUCACUUUCCUUUCUUUUUAUGCCCCAAGAUUUUCUUUCUCUUCAGACACCUUAACUUCAACACAGUCUCUUAUAAAUGGCCAAACUCUUCUCUCCACGAGACAAAAGUUUGAGCUUGGUUUCUUCACUCCAGGAAAUUCGAAGAAUUGGUAUGUUGGAAUAUGGUACAAGAACAUUUCUGAUAGAACUUAUGUAUGGGUUGCUAACAGAGAUAAUCCACUUACCAAUUCUUCAGGUAUAUUCAAGAUUUUCAAUCAAAGUAUUGUUCUUUUUGAUCAAGGGAAUAAUCUUAUAUGGUCAUCAAAUCAAAUCAAAGCUACCAACCCAGUUAUGCAGUUGUUAGAUACAGGAGAUCUUGUUUUAAGAGAAGCAGAUGUGAAUAAUCAGUAUCUUUGGCAGAGUUUUGAUUAUCCUACUGACACUCUGUUACCAGAUAUGAAGCUGGGCUGGGAUCUAAAUAAAAGUCUUCACAGGUAUUUAAGUUCUUGGAAAAGCAAAGAUGAUCCUGGUGCAGGUGAUUAUUCUUUUAAACUCGAUUAUCAUGGAUUCCCUGAAAUUUUCUUGUGGAAUGAUGGUAGAAAAAUCUAUAGAAGUGGGCCAUGGAAUGGGUUAAGAUUUAGUGGAGUACCAGAAAUGAAGCCUCUUGAUUAUAUAAGUUUUGAUUUUGUCACUAAUCAAAGUGAGGUUUUUUACUCAUUUCAUAUAUCUUCCAAUUCUACAUAUUCAAGAUUGACUGUUACAUCAUCUGGGGAACUCCAAAGAUAUACAUGGAUUCCAGAAAGACAAGAUUGGAAUUCAUUUUGGUAUGCACCUAAAGAUCAAUGUGACGAUUAUAAGGAGUGUGGUCCAUAUGGUAUUUGUGAUUCAAAUGCUUCUCCUGUUUGCAAGUGCAUGAGAGGAUUCGAGCCCAAAAAUCUGCAGGCAUGGAAUCUCAGAGAUGGGUCAGGUGGGUGUGUUAGGAAGACUGAUCUUCAAUGCAUGAAUGAUAAAUUCCUCCACUUGAAGAACAUCAAAUUGCCAGAAAGCUCAACUUCAUUCGUUGACAGGAUUAUUAGCCUAAAGAAUUGUGAAGAGUUGUGCCUGAGGAAUUGUUCUUGCACUGCUUAUGCUAAUUCUGAUAUUAGCAACGGAGGUACAGGAUGUGUUCUUUGGUUCGGUGAGCUCUUAGAUAUGAGGCAAUACACAGAAGGUGGUGGUCAAGAUCUCUACGUCAGAUUGGCUGCUUCUGAUAUAGGUGAUGGUAAGAAUGUAGCUGCUCUUAUUAUUGGCAUCUCAGUUGGCAUUGGAACUCUGCUAUUAGGACUGGCUGCCUGUUUUAUAUGGAAGAGACGGAGUGUACGUAAAGAACAGAAAGGUGUUCAAGAAAGAAGCCAGAAUUUAUUGUUAAAUGAGGUAGUUAUCUCCAGCAAGAGAGACUACUCAGGUGAAAAAGACAAAGAUGAGCUUGAACUGCCAUUGUUUGAUUUUGGUACCAUUGCAACUGCUACAGAUAACUUCUCUGAUGAAAAUAAACUUGGACAAGGAGGUUUUGGUUGUGUUUACAAGGGUAGGUUAGUAGAAGGCCAAGUAGUAGCUGUAAAGAGGCUGUCAAAGACCUCUGUGCAAGGAAUAGAAGAAUUCAAGAAUGAGGUCAAUUUAAUUGCCAGGCUUCAGCAUAGAAAUCUUGUUCGACUGCUCGGUUGCUGCAUUGAGACGAAUGAGAAGGUGCUCAUUUAUGAGUAUAUGGAACACAGAAGCCUGGAUUCUGUUAUAUUCAAUAAUGCAAAAAGGUCUUUACUAAAUUGGCAAAGGCGAUUCAACAUUGUUUGUGGGAUUGCAAGAGGGCUUCUAUAUAUGCACCAGGAUUCCAGAUUUAGAAUUAUUCAUAGGGAUCUCAAAGCAAGCAACAUUCUACUUGAUGGAGAAUGGAAUCCGAAAAUAUCAGAUUUUGGCAUGGCUAGAAUAUUUGGUGGAGAUCAAACUGAAGCUAGUACCAAGAGAGUAGUGGGAACUUAUGGCUACAUGUCUCCUGAAUACGCAAUGGAUGGCCAUUUCUCAGUGAAAUCAGAUGUUUUUAGUUUUGGUGUUCUGGUGUUGGAGAUUGUAAGUGGUAAUAAGAACAGAGGAUUUUAUCAUUCAAACAGUGAGCUCAACCUUCUUGGGCAUGCAUGGAGGUUAUGGAAAGAAGAGAAGGGAUUGGAAAUUUUAGACUCAUCAGUUGGCAGCUCGUUUUCACCAAGUGAAGUUCUGAGAUGCAUACAGGUAGGACUUUUAUGUGUGCAAGAACGCACAGAAGAUAGACCAACAAUGUCAUCUGUGGUCUUGAUGUUGAGCAGCGAAAAUGCAACAAUGCCCCAUCCUAAAACUCCUGGAUUUUGCCUGGGAAGGAAUCCUUUUGAAACUGAUUCAUCUUCAGGAAAACAAGAUGAAUCAUAUACUGUAAACCAAGUCACGGUUACUAUGCUAGAUGCAAGAUAAAAAUAAAGAUUAGACCUCAUCUAGAACAAUUGUACAUCUCUUCAAUUUUUUGUUAAAUUAUGCUGUAUAUCUUCUGAUGUUGUUUUGAUUACAGUCCUUGAGUAUUUUAUAGUUUUACUUGGUGCAACUUGUAACUGAUAUCCAAGUUAUAGUAUAUACAAAAAGAAGCUCCUUUUCGGCCA